CAAAAUGGCUUCUCGCAAGACGGACAAGUAUUCAGUUUUACUUCCAACCUACAAUGAAAGAGAGAACCUACCACUUAUUGUGUGGCUGCUAGUGAAGUCUUUUACUCAAAGUGGGUACAAUUAUGAAAUCAUAGUAAUCGACGAUGGUAGUCCUGAUGGCACUCUGGAAAUUGCAAAAGAGUUACAGAAACUUUAUGGCAAUGACAAAAUAGUUUUGAGACCAAGAGCUACAAAGUUAGGGUUAGGUACCGCAUAUGUGCAUGGUAUAAAACAUGCUACUGGUAAUUUUGUGAUCAUAAUGGAUGCUGAUCUUUCCCACCAUCCGAAAUUCAUACCACAAUUUAUUAAAAAACAAAAAGAAUUAAAGUGUGACAUUGUAUCUGGAACUCGGUAUAUUGGUACUGGUGGAGUGUACGGUUGGGACUUCAAACGAAAGCUGAUCAGUCGUAGUGCAAAUUUCCUAGCUCAGUUUCUGCUGAGACCCGGAGCCUCAGAUCUGACAGGUAGUUUCAGAUUGUACAAAAAAGAUGUUUUACAAAAAAUAAUUGAUUCCUGCGUUUCCAAGGGAUACGUUUUCCAAAUGGAGAUAUUGGUUCGAGCUAACCAAUUUGGAUUCACACUAGGAGAGGUUCCUAUCACAUUUGUGGAUCGUGUCUACGGAGAGUCCAAGCUCGGAGGAAGCGAAAUUGUUCAAUAUGCUAAGGGUCUACUGUAUUUGUUUGCUACUACGUAAAUAAUUGAUGUAAUAAAUAUGAUAUACUGUGGGGAUAUAUACAUACCGAUAUAAGAAAAUUAUGAGAUCCAAUUAUUAAAAAGUUGAUGUGUUCAUUUUAAUCACGAUAUAAUUAACUUUUUGUACACAAAGUCAACAUUUGUCACCACCUUUCACAAAAAAACUUGAAAUAUUUGAUUUUAGAGAUUACCCUGGUAUAUUCUAAGUAAUGAACAAAUUUACAAUCAGAUUGAGUUGUUCGUCUGAAUGGCUUUUUUUGAUAUCACAGAAGCACUGUCAUGUCACGGAAGGGCAUGACUUGAUGAGAAGAUUUCAUAACUGGUUUUCAAUUCCACAUUAAUGAGUCACCGAGCAUGGUAUAUUGAUUAAUGAUUCUUUAUGGUAAAUACUAGAGUGAAGUCAUUGCCGGACAUUUCAGUCUUCAAAAAAAUACAAAAUAUUGUAAAUUCAAUUGUAAGUCCAGUUUUUAAAAUAAUAAAAAAAUGUUGUUGCAAA